UUAUCCUCCACCUGUCUUUAUUUUUAGAAAGAUCUUUUGUGUCUGCAGUCAAUUUUACAAAAAAUAAUAUCUAACGUCAUAAAAAACAUGUGUUGUUUAUGACUUCCGUUGGUUUUUAAUUUGUUUUAAAAUAAUUUUAAAAAGUGUUUAUCCAAAACAUUGUGCAUAAUAUUGUUUAAUAAUGUUAGCAAAAGACAAAAUUAUGAUAAUGAGAUCUUAAUAAUAUUAGACUGGUUUUAGCUAUUAUUGUUGAUGAUUUUUGGAUAAACAUAUUUAGCGUCUAUUAUUUUUAUCAUUAUUAUUAUUAUUGUGCAUUAUAUUUAUUACGUUUUAAUGCAGUUUUCCAUUUAUAUGCACUAUGUUUUCUUCUUUUUUAUUAAUUGUAGUAGUAGUGGCCUGGUACGAAAGAAAUUCCGUCCUUAUCGGUGGCCUUUGUACGGUAAAUGUUAUUAGAUUAAAAAGACAGAAAGUAUGUAUUUUAUCUACUACAUUGUUUAUUGUACCCGAUUGCUUUUACUACGGAAAAUCGACAUUCCACUUCCUUGUAAUUAUUAAACAAAGUAUAAAUAUAUUAUAUUAAAAGUUGAGCUUUCAUAUGUUUAUCUUGUAGUGAAUACCAUGAUCAAACUAAACCUUCGCUUAUAGAAACAUAUGCCUACUGCCUUUAAAAAUCAAUAUUUCGCAGUUGUUACGUCUUGGUACUUCCCCAGUUACAUUAUUUGAAAAAAUGUUGGUUUAUUAUUCGUGUAUUUUCUUUGUAUUGAUAUACAGUUCGUCGUUAAUGGUAUUUCAAAAUUCCAAGCGCAAGGUGCAUAUGAAGCACAACAUUCGUUAACGUGAACAAGUCUAAUUAGUUCAACACAUUGAACGAAAAUCAAUUUUUUAACUCUUGUUUUUAUUAUAACCGUAGUAACACAACAACAUAUUAAAUCAAUAAUUAAGAAAUGGCGAAUGUAAUUUGUUUAGGUCCAACAGGAUCUGGCAAAACUUUGCUAAUUAAAAAAUUGCAAAACGUGGAUGCAGUUGAUGAAACGAGCACUUCGGUGCCUACGGUGGGGAGUAACUUAUUCUCCAUUCACUACAACAACGUUGUUAUUAAUAUCAGAGAACUGGGUGGAGAAGUAGCCCCAUUGUGGCCGAAAUAUUAUGACGGAAUAAAAAAAGUUAUUUUUGUAGUGGACGCUUCAAAUUUAUGCCAGAUAUCAGCAGCUGGAGUUUUAUUUUAUUCCGUCUUAGCAGAUCCCCGAUUCAAAAAUGCGAAGGUGCUACUUGUUUUAACAAAAAUGGACGUAAGUUAUAGACAAAUGCGAAACGAAGCAUUGUUAAUAUUGCAAAUGAAGAGACUCCAAACAGAAGUACCCCAAACUAUUACCAUUAUUGAAAGUAGUGCCAUUACUGGAGAGGGCCGAGAUGAAAUAUUAGAGUGGUUAAUAAAAAAAUAGAAAUACUUUAUUUAUGUUAUUUAUUACUGCUUGUUAUCAUAAAAUAAAU